AUGGCCGCGGCGCACAGUGGUUCCGAGUCGCACGGCGAGACAGAUUUGAAGCGGGCAAAUUCCGGGCCGGACGACGACCACCACGACCACAUCGGGUCAAAUGGUUCCACGCCCACGGGGAUCGCAACACCCCAGCCCGAUCCCGCAGACAAACGUCUGCCCUCCAUCAUGCACAACUACUUCCAGGUUGGUUCCUUUUCUGGUGAUAAAGCAAGCCUGCCCCGGUUAUGGUCCUGCCUUUCCAAAUCCGCCGACCCUCCGCCCGAGGCGCUUAGCCCUGGCCUGCCAUCAUCCUUCGGCCCGAUGGAGCGGGAUGAUGGACUGCCCACUCCCCCACACUCCCUCCUGCAGCAGGAUGAGGCGGAGGGGCCAGACCAGAGCGGGGGGUCUCUCUUCACUACCCUCAAAAAUUAUCUCUCUUCGUCCGCAACCGUUGAUACCCCUCCCCGCCGUCAAACCUCUCUCCCAGUGUCCAGCAUCUCGGACGACCCUGUUCUUGCCUCACAUUUCUCCAAUCCAUCUUUACCCCCAGAAGCUUGUGCCUUGACCGAAGCUCUCUUGCUCGACCGCGAAAAGCCGAAUGUUUCCAUAUCUUCCGAGAAUCUUGCCAAGCUAACAGAUGGGGCGUGUCUCAAGAACACCCCGCCGUUGACCCCCCGUGCCAUGUCUAACGAGGGUCAAUCGACCGACCACCCCUCCACCACCCCGGCGCCGCAAUCGACGACCGAGAAGUCCAACCUGGACGACAUGGACAGCUCGACCGACGAGAUCACCAUGAAACUCGACGAGGCAUUCCCCGCCCAGACCGCGUCCUCUCCGCAGAACGGCCCUCCCGUGGGCCCGCUCAAGGGUAAAUUGUUUGUCAAAAUUUCCGAGGGCCGUGGGCUACGACCGUCGUUCGAUCCGUAUGUCGUGUGCGUGUUUGAGUGGAACGAGUAUAUUUCCAAGGGAGCGCGCGAUGACGAGCAAGAGAAAAUACGGCGGCAGAUUGAGUCGGACGCCGCCGAGGCCGGCCGCCCAAUGGCGAUUCCCAUGAAAAGCCGCCAGAGCAGCCACAAUAGCGCCCUCGAUAGUCCUGACCAUCAUAAGGGGAAGAUGCCCGUGACCGAUCCUCAUUGGAGUCAUGAGGCUGUCUUUGAUGUUAUGGGUGAUCAAUCAGAAAUCGAUGUCACAGUCUACGAUCGCAACAACCAAGAAACUUUCUUGGGCCACGUCCGGCUCUGCAUUAAUCUCAAGGAAGACCACAGUCGCCUUGAAGGCUGGUUUCCUCUGGUCGCGCGAGGAGUCGGUGACAACCAGGUGUCGGGGGAGAUCCACCUCGAACUGCAAUUCGAGAAGACGGACAAGAAACAGGUGGGCCCGAACGACUUCCAAAUCUUCAAGCUUAUCGGCAAAGGAACAUUUGGUCAGGUCUACCAGGUGAAGAAGAAGGACACACAGCGUAUCUACGCGAUGAAGGUUCUUUCCAAGAAAGUGAUUAUCCAGAAGAAAGAGGUCGCACAUACCCUUGGAGAGCGGAAUAUUCUGGUGCGCACUGCGAUGGCUUCCUCGCCUUUUAUCGUCGGACUCAAGUUCUCUUUCCAAACCCCAACGGAUCUCUACCUCGUCACAGACUAUAUGUCGGGCGGCGAGUUGUUCUGGCAUUUGCAACGUGAAGGCCGAUUCCAAGAAGCCCGGGCCAAGUUCUAUAUUGCCGAAUUGAUCUUAGCACUGCAGCACCUGCACGAUUACGAUAUUGUAUAUCGCGAUCUCAAGCCCGAAAACAUCUUGUUGGAUGCCAAUGGCCACAUCGCGCUGUGCGACUUUGGUCUCUCCAAGGCAAACCUGACACAGAACGACACGACCAACACCUUCUGCGGCACCACUGAGUAUCUCGCACCGGAAGUUUUGCUGGAUGAACAGGGGUACACGAAGAUGGUUGACUUCUGGUCGCUUGGUGUGCUGGUCUUUGAGAUGUGCUGUGGAUGGAGUCCAUUCUAUGCCGAGGACACGCAGCAGAUGUACAAGAACAUUGCUUUCGGCAAGGUGCGGUUCCCUCGCGAUGCUCUCAGCACUGAGGGUCGGAAUUUCGUUAAGGGAUUGUUGAACCGGAAUCCCAAGCACCGGCUCGGUGCCAAUGGCGAUGCAAAGGAGCUCAUGGCACAUCCAUUCUUCCACGAUAUCGACUGGGAGGCCCUGUGCCGCAAGCAAGUGAUCCCUCCGUUCAAGCCGAAACUGCAGUCCGACACCGACACAUCUAAUUUCGACCCGGAAUUUACGAAUGCCCUGGAAAACAGCAGCUCGCUGAACGACCGUGCUGCCGCACUGGCGAACGGCCUGAUGCCUGGCUCGACACCGCUGUCCCCCGGCAUGCAAGCCAACUUCAAGGGAUUUACUUUCGUGAACGAAAGUUCCAUUGAUCACCACCUCAAGCACGACCCCAGUGAUCGAAUGGAGGAGGACCCCAUGCAAGACGACGCGGGGUGGCAACGGUCCCACCGACCAAACGCCUCGACCGACCAGCGCAUGGGCGGCGUCCAGAAGACGCAAGACGGCACCGACGCGGGUAUCUUCAACGUUGACGAUAAUUUUGAUAUGUGA